AAGAAGUUCAUUUGCCCUUUGGAGAAGAAAAGAUUUGCUUUUUCGUGGAAAGCAGUUUUCUAAAACGUGCUGAAAAGUUUGUCACAGAUUACGGGCAAAACAAUAUUUUUGAAAAUGUGUUAUAUUUUAUAAUUGAAUACAAUAGGAGUGUAAGGUGCCUAGGAAAGUUCCGAGUUGUGUGGUGUACAGAGAUAAACGAAGAAUCAAGUUUUGUAAAAAAAAAAAACAACAUGCAAACAUGUUCUUUGUAUUUACGGAAAUAAACUUUACGUAUAAAACAAAACCAAGAAAAAGAGAUUUUAAUUUUUUUACAAGAAGUCAAUGUUCAAUAGUUAUCGCACGUCGCUAGUUAUAACACAAAAAUCUCAUUGUGUUGAGAAAAAAUCCUACAUAUGUACAUAGCCACACAUAUUUAUAGCACGAGUGGAUAAUUAUCCUCUGUACAACGACGUUUACCUGCUAUCGCCCAGAAAACACAACACGACAACAGAAGCAGUUGGUGACAUUUGCUAACCCACCUAGCACCUAAAUUUUCGCAAUAAAAAAACGCAGUCAACUGACAAAGAUAGAAUAUUUAUAGCCCACUGUUUAUUUGCUCCUAACAAAGAUGUCAGCCGACUCGGAUAUGGAGUAUUCGGACAACGAUUGUGAAUACGAAGAUUACUACAAUUCAGGUGAAGACUGCGAUGUGGAACGCUUGGAUCCGAAAAAAACUGACCCUGAAUACUUCGAAUUUGAAUGCCUCACAGUCGAGGAAGUGGAAAAAUUGCUCAAUGAAUCUGUGGAAAAGCUUAAUACGAUCCUCCAGAUUACUCCAUCAUUAGCGAAAGUGCUGCUGCUAGAGCACGAAUGGGACAAUCAAGUAGUGGUGGACAAAUAUCGAGAAGACGCAAAUGCUUUGCUUAUAACAGCUCGUAUUAAACCGCCGAAUCCAACGCUUAGCCUACCUGACCCGUCAGCUCCAUCCACCAGCAAAGACGCUUUUGCCUACAGCAAUAGUAAUACCGGUGGGAAUGGCGACCCGCCUCGGAACGUGUUGAUCUCAAUCGGUGUCUAUAACACAGCGACGUCUGGCAGUCAGCAGACGACUUCGUACCGCAGUCAAAUGUGCCCGGUCUGCGCCAGCUCACAACUCGGUGACAAAUUCUUUAGCCUCUCUUGUGGUCAUGCUUUCUGCAAAGACUGUUGGUCAAUGUUUUUCGAUACGCAAAUAUUUCAGGGGAUUUCCACACAAAUCGGCUGCAUGGCUCCAAUGUGCAAUGUUCGUGUUCCUGAAGAUUUGGUCCUCACCCUAGUGACACGGCCCGUAAUGCGAGACAAGUAUCAACAGUUUGCCUUUAAGGAUUACGUAAAAUCGCAUCCCCAAUUGCGUUUCUGUCCCGGACCAAAUUGCCAAAUUAUAGUACGUUCACCCGAGGUUUGUCCGAAGCGCGUCAUCUGUACUUUAUGCCAUACGUCAUUCUGUUUCAAGUGUGGCAUGGAUUACCAUGCGCCUACCGACUGUUCGAUAAUUAAAAAAUGGCUCACAAAAUGUGCCGACGAUAGUGAGACAGCCAAUUACAUCAGUGCUAACACCAAAGACUGCCCAAAAUGCAUCAUUUGUAUUGAAAAGAAUGGAGGUUGUAAUCAUAUGCAAUGUUUUAACUGCAAACAUGACUUUUGCUGGAUGUGUUUGGGUGAUUGGAAAACUCAUGGCUCUGAAUACUAUGAGUGCUCGCGCUACAAAGACAAUCCGAAUAUUGCCAACGAAUCGGUGCACGUGCAAGCUCGAGAAGCAUUGAAGAAAUACUUGCACUACUAUGAACGAUGGGAGAACCACUCAAAAUCGUUACAGUUGGAGCAACAAACCAUUGAUCGAUUGCGGGACCGUAUCAAUGAAAAAGUGAUGAAGGGGCGUGGCACCUGGAUUGAUUGGCAAUAUUUGUUCAAUGCUGCCGCUUUAUUAGCGAAAUGUCGGUAUACGCUUCAAUACACCUAUCCGUAUGCAUACUUCAUGGAAAGUGGGUCGCGAAAGGACCUAUUCGAGUACCAACAGGCUCAACUUGAGGCAGAAAUUGAGAAUCUUUCUUGGAAGAUCGAACGUGCCGAAACAACAGAUUUGGGUGAUUUGGAAAACCAAAUGGAUAUUGCUGAAAAGCGUAGGACAACGUUGCUCAAAGACUUUUUCCCCAUAGACGUUUGAGUGCCAACAACAAAAUGACUGCAACAAAAUAGCGAAAUUAUUACACAUUUAAGUUAUCAAUCGUUAAUCCAUAUACGAUAGUUGAUUGAACCAUUUGGUUCACAUGGCUGCUAAUACGAAUGGAUAAACUGCAAUACAAACGCAAUGCGCUAAACAUUUUAGAAUAUACUAAAAAAACAUACAUACAUACAUAGACACAUGCAUAUAAACUAUAUCGAAACCAGGAUAUAAUGUAUUAAAAAAUAGUAUAUGUAUGUGCAUAUAUAAUCAAUAUCAGUGGGCAAUAGGCGAAAGGAGCGCCAUAUGUGUUAAAUAUUAAUGUAGUUCACAACAAAUGCACUUCUAAGCGCAUUGACAGACAACCAGUUGGAGAUAAUUUAAAAAUAAUUGCCCAAUGUUAGGACACAUUUUUAACUUAGAACAAAAAUCAAACUUCUUAGCAAAUUAAAUGUUUGUUAGAAAGACGGCAAUGUAAACUUAAGCAAAUGUAGGCCUGUUAGCUAUGAAUUAGUUUAUCAAAUUUGGAAUUCAACAGAGAAAAAUUACAACUUGAUAAUCGAACACAGGAUGGCGACUCAAUUAUAAACUAAUGAAAGGGAACACUAUAUUAUGUAUUGUAGGUAUAUAAAGGAAUUGCAGUUUCGUGUGCACUUGCGAAACAAUUACAAUUUACGUGACAUUUUUUAAGGGAAUAUGGGAAAUAACUAGUCACUACCGACAAAUUGUAAGGCGCUGACUCCAAUCCCGAUAUCUAAAAAUUUUCUCCCACAAUUAUCCACUAAUUCCCGUUUACCCAGUAUUAAACCUAAAAAUGUGUUUUUGUUUAAAAUUUUUUAUACACCUAACGUAAUGGAAAGUUUCUGAUACCGCGCCACUGAACCUAUUCAAAACAUCUAGUGGCUUCCCGGCCACAAAAUUAAUGUUACGCAGUGUAAUCAUACAAUGUUUUGUAUAUACGUAUGUGGUAUUUAUAUACUUAGCUUUAGAUUUUUGUUUUUAUUUUUAUUAUUCGUUUAUUUUAUUUGUAAAUUUUACUGUGUAUAGCUCGACUUACACAUUUUGACUGAACAAGUAACUUUAUUGCAUAAAAAUAAGCGUAGAAUUAAAUAGAGCUCUUCACUUGGGCUCUUCAAUUGUAUAAUUAAAAGGUAGAUAUCGUGUCCAAGGAGGAAUACCGAAAAUAAUGGAAAUUUAUUCACUAAUUAUAUCCCAGCUGGGGGCAAUCAGCAUGAUAUUUUUAAAGUUGCAAUUGAAACUAUAUUCGAGCGCAUUCUUAUUUUAAAUAAAUUGUAAAUUUUAACAUAUGUAUGUAUAAGGCAUUCAAUUGAAAUAAUUGACAAGAUAAUAUGCUUUUAAAAUUACAGCAUUACGUAUAAAAGUGUAAUAAUAACAAAUAAAAUACAAAUGUAAAUAGAUU